GAGAGUUCACUGGUUUGGUUCAAUCCUGAUGGCAUGCAAGAUGAUAGUGAUUUUUACUAUCUUGGUGUUAUUUGUGGAAUAGCGCUCUACAACCAUCAUUAUAUAAACCUUGACUUCCCACUGGCCUUGUACAAGAAACUCCUCCAGCUGAGUCCCACUCUGAAUGAUCUGGAGGAACUGUCUCCUGUGGAGGCCAGAAGUCUGAAAAGCCUUCUUGAGGAGGACGAGGACGAGGUAGUGGAAAUGCUCUUUUUGGAUUUCACGGUCAAAGGGCAAGAGCUCAUUCCAAAUGGAAAUCAAAUUCCAGUGACUAAAUCUAAUAG